AAAGUAUCAAAAUAUUGAAAGUUGUCAUUACGAAAGUUGACUCCGAAAAUAUAAAAUAAGAUUUAUUAUAAAAAAUUUUUUUUACAGUUUUUUAAAACAAUUGUCAUUAAUUUAUAAUGACACCUCCUAAUUGUUUAGUGAAUAAUGAAAGUAAUAGUUUAAAUUUAGAAACCGCUAAAAAAUUAGAGUAUUAUUAUUUAAAUAAUUGUGUCGAGUGGAUAAAAGCACGUGGAUUAAAAACGGUCUGCUUGCAAUUUCCUGAUACACUUUUAAAGGACUCAGCGAUCAUAGCGCUGGAGCUAGAACAAUUAUUAGGUCACAAAGUAUAUAUUCUAGGUGAUACGACAUGUGGAAGUUGUUGUGUGGACGAAGUAGCAGCAGAUCACAUCAAAGCUGAUGGAAUUAUUCAUUUCGGACAUGCAUGUCUCAAUCCUACAAUUAAGUUACCAAUUUUUCAUGUCCUGCCGAAGAGUAAUAUUGAUAUAGAUGUUUUUAUUCAAUCAUUCUGUGAUUAUUUUGAUUGUGAUAGAAAUAUUUUAUUUUUUUAUGACGUCUCUUACGCACAUGCAAUUGAAUCAAUUUGGAAAAAAUUAAAAGAAAAAAAUUAUAAUAAACUAAAAUUAACUUUAUUGAAUUGUAAAUCAAAUAUUGACUUUACUGAUAAGAAAAGUGAUGAUAGUGAUAAGAAAAAAGUAAUAAUUGGACGGGAAUUAUUAUUAAACGACGAAAAAUUUGAAGAUUUUGUGGGAUUUUAUUUAGGAGAUAACAAUAAAACAUUAGCAUCAUUUGCGCUUAGUAUACCAGUACAAAAUUGGUAUUACUGUACAGGAAAAAUUGAAGAGGAAAGUACUAAAAUGGACAUUAAUGAAUUUGAAGUAACGAAAAAUCCCUGGUUGAGAAGACGUCGUUUUUUGGUGGAAAAAUUAAAAGACGCAAAAGUUAUUGGUAUCGUAGUAGCAACACUAGGAAUACAGAAUUAUUUAGAUGUAUUAGAUAUGAUUAAGGGUAUAUUAAAACGUAAAAAUAUUAAAUCAUAUAUAUUUAGUGUUGGGAAACCAAAUCCUGCGAAAUUGGCAAAUUUUGCGGAGGUUGAUGCAUUUGUCGUAAUAGCAUGCCCAGAAAAUGAAAUAUUUGACUCAAAGGACUAUUAUAAGCCACUGUGUACUCCAUUUGAAGUUGAACUAGCUUUCAAUGAUUCAAGAGAAUUUUCUACAAAUUACUGUCUUGAUUUCCGGCAAUUAUUACCCGGUGGAAUUAAUUACGUCGAAUUUAAGCCAACAGAUGAAUCAGACAUAUCAUUAAUUACCGGACAAUUGCGUAAUUAUUCAUCGGAAAGUGGGGAGCAGACUGAUACAGAGAAAAUGAAGACUCUGGCGUGUAAAAAUGAUGGUACGGUCGCAAUCGGUAAAGCUGGCGCCGAUUUUCUACUAAAUCGUUCUUGGCAAGGACUAGAACAAAAACUAGGAGAAACUGAAAUAAAAACAGCGGAACAAGGUCGUCGUGGAUUGCCUAUUAAUUAUGAUACCGAGCCGUUAAUUAAUAAGACAUCAUUAAUUUUAUAAUUUAUAAAUUAUGUAAUUAAUAAAAAUUUUUUAUUUAUAAAA